AAAUGGAUGAUUCAGAAAGAGAACUUGCUCCUGAUCCUGACUGUAUUAGGAGUGCUGUUAGGGAUAUUUAUUGGUCUUCUAGCACGACUGGCCGAUCCAGAUGUGGAUGCAGUAAUGUUGGUCUCCUUCCCUGGUGAACUGCUGAUGAACAUGUUGAAAAUGUUGAUUUUACCUUUGAUUAUUUCUAGUUUAAUAUCAGGGUUGGCUCAACUGGAUGCCAAGGCCAGUGGUAAACUGGGAGGCCGUGCUAUGGUCUACUAUUUCACCACCACCGUGAUUGCAUCCAUCAUUGGUAUUGUGUUAGUUGUGACCAUUCACCCCGGAGACCCCUCCAUACGUGCUGGCCUUGGGUCUGGCACAACCGAAAACAAGGUGUCUACACUGGAUGCAUUCCUGGAUAUAUUUAGGAAUUUGUUGCCUGAAAAUCUUGUAGUGGCAUGUUUUUAUAGUGUUUCUACCUACUAUGUAAAAGCCCCUCCUUUGGUAGAGAAGGUGGACCCAAGCAUGACUCCUGACGCAAAUGUCACUGAGAAUGCCACAGAAGUUGUGUUAUCUAUUGUUGAUCAGUUAGAUGCUGAUUAUAAUAUUUCAAUAGACAAUAUGACAGCAAAUGAAACAGAAGAACCAGAGAAAGAGAAAUACGUAAGAGAACUGAGAUACGGAGGAAGUACAAAUGUAUUAGGUCUAAUUAUUUUCUGCAUUGCAUUUGGUGUGAUCCUUAGUUCAAUGCAUGAAAGGGCCAGAGUCAUGACAGACUUUUUCUUCAUUCUGAAUGAAGUGGUGAUGACAAUGGUUGGAAUUAUCAUGUGGUAUGCUCCGUUUGGUAUAAUGUGUUUAAUUGCUGGUAAACUGAUGGAAAUUGAUGACAUGGCCAAGACAAUCAGGCAGCUUGGAGUGUACAUGGUCACUGUAAUUGUGGGUCUUAUCAUUCAUGGUGUUGGUGUACUGCCACUCAUUUACUUUGUCAUAACAAGAAAGAACCCUUUCACAUUUGCCAAGAACAUGCUGCAGGCUUGGCUGACAGCUUUGGGAACUGCUUCAAGUGCUGCCACCAUCCCUGUCACCUUCAAGUGUCUGGAGGAACUGAAUGGUAUUGACAGGCGAGUGACCAGGUUUGUGAUCCCAGUGGGAGCCACUGCCAACAUGGACGGCACAGCUCUGUAUGAGGCUGUGGCCACACUGUUCAUUGCACAAAUGAAUGGAGUGAACCUGGAUAUUGGGGAAAUAAUUACUGUUAGUCUAACUGCCACCCUGACCAGUAUUGGUGCAGCUAGUGUGCCCAGUGCGUCACUGGUCACCAUGAUUCUGAUCCUGACAGCUGUGGGACUGCCUGUGAAAGACAUCAGCUUGAUUGUCAUGGUGGAUUGGUUGCUGGACCGUUUGCGAACCUCCAUCAAUGUUCUGGGAGAUGCAUUUGGUGCUGGUAUUGUGGCCCAUCUCUCUCGCCAUGAACUGGCUGCUCAAGAUGCAGAACUUGCGGCAGAGGAGGCAGCCAAGAAUGGAAUUGAAGAACGUCGACCAAGCAAAGCAUCCUUAAAUGACAGGGGUACUAAUGGUUUAUAUCCAGAAUUGAAUAAAGAAUCUGAAACCCCCAUGUAGAGUUCCAAUGUUGCCUGCCAGUAUUUGGUAAUCAGUUGUUAAUCAUAGAUUAAUGUUGUGGUGUACUACUAAUCGAUAGAUUAAGAGAUGACUUGCCUGGGCAAGUUAGCAUUUGUCACCUGUCAACCAUGAAGUUGUUUCAAAACUUUCUUAGAACUAGCUUUGCCUACUUUGAUAGUUGCCUGGGAUGUGUUGUAAGUACCUGAAGUAAUAUAGACGUUUCAAUAUUGUCAUUUUUUUAUUUUUAAAAUGCCCCUCAGUUCCAAAAUUUCAUAGCAUUUCAGCAAAAUCUCCUCUAUGGCAUUAUUGUUUAGACUUUAGAAUAUAUCAUGCGAUUGGUGACUUGUUUAUUUUCCCAGAUGCAUGCUUUCCCUGUGUUUUAGUUGUAUAUUAUGUAGUGUCAGUCUGUGUCAUGGCUUUUGAUGUACAUCAGACUCAUUCUAAUUUUUUAUGACAAAUGUUUUGUGAAAUUACUUUAAAAAUUUGGUGCUUUACUGGGCUUGCUAGCAAAAGUUUUUUUUUUCAAGCAAAUAGAUGUAAAAUGUAUACCAAAGUAAAAUUUUGAAUCAGAUAAGAGAUAAGUCGACACAUAUUUUUCAUUUUUCUCAGUUUUAGCAACUAUUCAGUUUGCAUUUGGUGAAAUGUAAGUGUGCUGGUAUGAGCCUAGCUAUAUAUUGGAUUAAGUAUCUCAUUUUGAAGCAUAAUAGCAUAAUUAAAAGCAGCACUGCACACGAAGCACUUUAAAUGUAAAUGUAGUAUUAAUAUUUUAAAUUAUU